AUGUGUGGUGUUUUAGGUAUUGCAUUGGCUAAUCAAACCAGCGCAGUGGCUCCAGAACUAUUUGAUGGAUGUCUUUUUCUUCAACAUAGAGGUCAGGACGCGGCCGGAAUAGCCACCUGUGGACAGCGUGGUAGACUCUAUCAAUGUAAAGGUAACGGUAUGGCUCGUGAUGUUUUCACACAACAUAGAAUGAAUGGCCUAGUUGGAUCUAUGGGUAUUGCACACCUGCGUUAUCCUACGGCUGGGUCAAGUGCAAACUCCGAAGCCCAACCAUUUUAUGUGAACAGUCCCUAUGGUAUCUGCCUAGGUCAUAAUGGUAAUUUGGUGAAUACACUGUCGUUAAGACGCUACAUGGACGAAGACGUUCACAGGCACAUCAACACUGACAGUGAUUCAGAGCUAUUAUUGAAUAUUUUCGCUUCCGAGUUGGAAAAACACAAUAAAUACAGAGUUAACAAUGAUGAUAUCUUCCAUGCGUUGGAAGGUGUAUAUCGCUUGUGUCGUGGAGGUUAUGCGUGCGUUGGAAUGCUAGCCGGUUAUGGUAUGAUCGGAUUCAGAGAUCCUAAUGGUAUUAGACCAUUAUUGAUCGGAGAAAGAACAAACACCGAUGGCAGCAAAGACUACAUGCUGGCAUCAGAAAGUGUCGUUUUGAAAGCCCAUCAUUUCAACACUUACCGUGACUUGAAUCCAGGUGAAGCAGUUAUUGUGCCCAAAGAUUGCGGCAAAGAAAAGCCUGAAUUUAGACAAGUUGUUCCAAUCAACUGCUAUAGACCAGAUCUAUUCGAGUAUGUCUAUUUUGCGAGACCAGACAGUGUUCUUGAUGGAAUUUCAGUUUACCACACGAGACUGAGAAUGGGUAUCAAGCUUGCGGAAAACGUCUUGAAGCAGAUUAAACCUGAAGAUAUAGAUGUGGUUGUUUCUGUACCAGAUACUGCACGUACUUGCGCUCUCGAAUGUGCUAGUGCUCUCAAGAAACCAUAUCGUGAGGGUUUUGUUAAAAACAGGUAUGUCGGCAGAACGUUCAUUAUGCCAAAUCAAAAAGAGCGUGUUUCCUCUGUGCGGAGAAAACUCAAUCCAAUGGACUCUGAAUUCAGCGGCAAACGAGUUUUGAUUGUUGAUGAUUCCAUCGUGAGAGGCACAACCUCUAAGGAGAUUAUAAGCAUGGCUAAAGAGGCUGGUGCUGAAAAGGUCUACUUCGCAUCUGCUGCUCCAGCGAUCCGAUUCAACCACAUAUACGGUAUCGAUUUAGCAGAUACUAAACAACUGAUUGCAUACAAUAAAUCUACUGAAGAAGUUAGUGCUGAGCUUGGCUGCGACAAAGUUAUUUAUCAAUCAUUGGAAGAUUUGAUUGAUUGCUGUAAAACAGAUAAAAUUCAGAAAUUUGAAGUUGGUGUUUUCACCGGUAAUUAUGUGACAGGUGUUGAGGAUGGUUAUCUACAAGAAUUGGAAAGGGUUCGGGCUCUAAAUAAGGCAAAGCUGAACGAUCUCAAAGCCGACGUCGAUAUCGGCCUCUAUAAUAGUGCAGACUACCAAGAUUAA